GGUGGAGGCUUGCAAUCAAUCAGUCAGUCAGUAAACCACCGGCUGAGUCACUCACACAACCUGGCUCCUGGUGCUCCUUUUGAUGCCCUUUGUUGGUGUGGAUAUGUCAGGGAACCGUGAGAAAUAAUGCUUAAACUGAAAAAGAUGUUUUUCGGCGUGAGGAAUGGACAGCUUCAUAUAUGAAAGAAAAGACUAAUUGAACUUGUGAGCAAUCACCGCCGGUUUGAUAGUGAUUUGACAGCGCAGAGCCAGCGCUGUCCUGCGCCAGUCAGAAGGAGCCGAGGGAGGGGAACGGAGCCUGAGGUUUAAACUGAAUUCAAAUUCUUAAAUUGUCAUGGUGGGAUUUGAACUCAUGUUCUCUGUAUGAGUGAGGAAGAUAAGGGUCAAUUAGCUAUUGUGGUACCGUGGCACAUCUUGAUGCAGACCUCACCCAAAUUCUACACGUGAACACUUCCAGUAGGAGUUAUGAAUAGUCAUCAGAAGUUGAAAUUUCCCGACUUACAUGGCUUCAGACCACUGCUAUAGUUCAUUGUCCAUCAGAGCUGUGAUCACAAGCAACAUAGCAAAGUAUCAGCAGCAAGUUGAAAGAAGGCUUUGGUGGAACUUCCUGCAUGUCAUCCUUUUAAAGUGAACUGCUGUAUUGAAAAGAAAAAGAAAAAGCAUUUCUUUGAAGAAUCUGUACUCCUGCUGUGAGUGAUUGAAAAGACUUGUUGAAGCUACCAGUGCUCUAUUUUGCAUAGAAACUUGAAGGCAUCAUGAGCUCCAUAAAAUGUGUACUCGUGGGUGAUGUAAAGGUGGGGAAAACAUCAUUACUGGUGAGGUUUACAUCAGAGACUUUUCCAGAUAUGUACAAGCCCACAGUGUAUGACAACACUGGGGUAGAUGUGUUUAUGGAUGGAACUCAGAUCAGCCUGGGACUCUGGGAUACAUCAGGAAAUGACUCAUUUCAAGGAAUUCGUCCUCUUUCUUACCAACAGGCUGAUGUGGUUUUAAUUUGCUACUCUGUAGCAAACCCCAUGUCUUACUUGAACGUUAGGAAUAAAUGGAUGGCAGAAGUCAGAAAUUUUUUACCAAAGAUUCCAGUUUUGGUCAUUGCCACACAAACAGACCAGCGUGAUGUAGGUACUUUUCGCACCAUCACAUCUGUUGAUGGGAAGAGGCUGGCAAGAGAUAUUGGAGCACAAGCUUACCUGGAGUGCUCAGCAGUUACUAACAGAGGGGUGCAAGAAGUGUUUGAAUGUGGAGUGAGGACUGCUGUCAGACACUUAAAAAAACAAAGCAGGAAGAAGAUCAUAGACCUCAAUAAAUGUGUGAUUGUCUGACCUCCAUUCGACCCUGGUUUGGUAAUUUAACUCUCCAAUUCUUCAACAAAUACUAAAGAUGUUGCCCAAAUGGCUUUCAACCUGGCUGUGUUGAUCGUAGCAUAUGGGUGUUUCUUGGCCUUGUCCACACGUGCUCCUGUAUCUAUAUCAGUGUGACUCUGAGUCAUUUCUACUGAAGUAGUGGAUUCUGGUUAGGAACGCUAACAGAAAAUAUGACUGAGGAGGAGGAACUAAUUUCAGCAUUGACUGUCAUAGACUUUUAGUAGUUCAAAAUAUUUUGACAUUAUGGAAAAAUGGCUGACAGUCUUAUUUCCUGUAUUUAAUUUGAACUGCAUGACACCACCAUGCAAGAUGCUUUAAAGAUGAAACAAAACUGUAUUUUUGCAUUCAUUGGUAAAGUGCAUCAAGAACUCACUUUUAAUGGCUGUAAUAUUUAAUAAUUUUAUACUUAUUUUCAUCUUGUUUUCACUGACCUGUGAUGAGAAUCAUGUACAAAUACUAUCAUAAGAAGGUUUAAAGUGUAGUUUUUGUAGUAAUUUUCUAUCAGUUUACAGAGUACUCAUCAAUAAAUUAAUUGUUUUAACAAUCA